GGAUAAAAGACGAGGAAAGAUUGUGAUGCUUGAUAAUAUAGAGAAUGCUCAUAGCUGCUGUGAUGAGGUUCUUGUUCAUUUAUUGAAGGACGGUAGAGUGAUAGGUGAAAAUGGCGUCCACGUUGAUUUCUCGCACGACAUACUUAUUGUCUCGUCACACGUCGGGCAUCAGUUUCUCUUUCAUUGCCGAUGUCUUCAUGAAACUUUACCAAAAAUCCCUUUCCGGAAAAUACUGAAAGAGCCCACACUUGUUCACCGAGGAAUGCACCUCGACCCAGGAAAGGCUUUCGAUGGUUGUGAUAUUCACCGUUUUUAUGUUGAGGUUGCUCAACGUUUUAGGGCUGAGUUUGUGGAUCUUUUUGAUGACGUGGUCGUUUUCCCUCGUAUGAGGCCGUGGGACUAUUACACCAUCUUUUGGCUGCAACACAGGGAGGCUGCCAUGCGCAUGACAUCAUCACACAAGCUUCCAGUCAUCAUGUACCCAACAGAUGCUGCAUUAAGUUACAUGACUACUUGGCCAGAUAUGUUUGAAGGGAAGUCUCAUGAGUUGGAUAACACUAAAGUGAGGUUGCCUAAUUCUAUUCAAGGACAAAAAUGUCAUUAUAGGUAUUUGCUAGUUGUUCCCAGGGGCGGACACAGUUACACAGAGAUUGAUAGAGCCAAGGGUAAAGGAUUCAGAGGUGCACAUGCCUAUGAGACAUGGUAUGAAGCCCAUAAGGUCCAGAUGUUGAAUAGAGAUAUUCUAGAGAAGGUGACAAAUAAGACGAUUAUCAUAUACAUUGAUACAUUCCUAGGUUCCUGGGAAUAUUCUUUCAGAGUUGAAACUAUUAGUCAUUUGGAGGAACAUCCUGCAUUUAAGAUUUUGAAAGAGAGUAUACGGCAUUUGAGGAGCAAAUACCGUCGCGAAAGACAACAAGUGAACAAGAUAUACAUGGUAUUGGCAAGCUACUUCCGUCUACUCGAGCAAAUAAACUCCAAGUCUGAGACAAAUGAUGCCAAUAUUCGCAAGUUGUCUGAGGAAAUUGUUAUACUAAUUGACGAAGUUGUUAAGUUUGAGAAGAUCCAGGUGGAGGACUUCUUCGAGAAGUGUUCCCCAAGUGAACAGACAAGGAUACAGUCUAGUGAGUGGUUGAAGCUCGUCUCCACCAAAUUGCAGACUUUGUUGGUACUUGAAGAUAGAGCGACACGUGGCAUCAUUGAGGUGUUAUUAAGUCAGUUAAAUAAUGGUGAUCCGUCUCCUAAGUCAUUUCUUUGUCUGGGUCUCAAGCCUAAUAGUUUGGAACAAUAUGCAAAAAGCCUUGCACAACAGCUUGUCAUUGAUGAUGGGGAAAAGUUAAUGAUUCAAGUCGACUUAUCACUGUGCACGGGACCUGAAUCAUUCUUCAGGUGCUCAGACAUUGGUAACCCUCAUCUGUUGCUUAUGGAGUUUGUUAAGAAAAGCCCUUAUUCGGUGAUUGUGUUUUAUGAGCUGGAGAAGGCACAUAUUGCUACUUUUAGCAUCAUUCUAUCCAUUCUUGAAGGAGGUGUAACCAAGGAUAAAGACGGGAACAUAGUGGAUUUUAGUAAUUCUGUAAUUGUUAUUGUCUCACAUCUAGGGAAUAAGGAGAUGAUUGGCUGGUUUAAUGGGCAUCAUACGAAAAUUGAAUUGUGUGGUAAACAUAUUUUUUUAAAAUCCACUCCAAAACCUGUGGACGGCUUUUCGACUUCAUUGCCUGGUGAAAAGGGAUUGAUAGGUCUAAGGACAGAGCUACUAAAUCGGUUGGAUUUCAUGUUAUUGUUUGACCCUUUCUGUGAGGAGCAGCUGAAUGCAUUUGCCAAAGUGGGCAUGAAACAUUUGAGAGACGGUGAUGAUGGCAGGGCUUCGUUGAGUGUUGCGUUCCGUAAUCUGUUUAAAGCAGCGGAUGGUAAUAAGCGACCUAGUUACACCACACACGACAUGCUCAAAACCAUAAUACCGGUGUGGCUGAUAUUAGGACACUGGAAGCAGUUGUCGAAUCACAUACGAGUCAUCUCUUUCUGGGUCGAA